AUGCUCGGCUAUCCUGUCUACGAGCGGCGAGAGAUCAUGGUCCCCGCAAGGAGCUAUCGAAACAAGAGGUAUUCGAGCCGGCCCAGGAAAUACUGGGACCAGAUUCUCCGACGCCACGAGGAUGGGGAGGACGCGGACGACGAACACGACGAUGAAGGGGGCGACGAUCACGAGGACGACGAUGACCAUGAGGAUGGUGAUGAUGGCGAUGACCAUGCCGACGGCGAAGUACAUGCCGACGACGAAGACCACGAGGAUGGUGAAGAAGAGGACGACGACCACGCAGACGGCGAAGAGCACGACCACGAGGGCGAGGAGGAGGACGAUGACGAUGACUCCUCCUCAUCCUCCUCGUCUUCCUCUUCCUCCUCCUCCGAGUCCUCAGACUCUGAAGAAGAAGAACAAAAGCCCACCACAACCAUACCCUUAUCCAGCAUACCCAACCAGCCUCUCUUCACCCUCACAGCCAUCGCCCCGUCUCUCCUCCCCGCCGCCCCGUCCCUGGUAACAUCGGUGCCCGCCAUCGCUCCCACGGCACCCGUCGCCACCGUACCUGCCGUCUCCCCGGUCCCGCCCCCGCCUCCCCGUCCACCCCGGCCGAUCGCGGCGCCGGCCUCGACGCUACCGGUGGAUGCGCCGGGCGGAGGCAGCGUCACGACGCAGACUACCAACGGGCAAGCCCUGGGUAUAGUGGGCGGUGUAACAGGCAGCUUUGCAUUGGUGUUUACAGGCAUCUGGUGGUUUCGGCGAAAACGAGCGGCCCAGGCCAAAGCUGCGCAAGAGGAGAACGCGUAG